AUGAGGCACAAUAUCAAACCUGAGGAAAUUCGCUAUCGAGAUCUAUGCUCUGUCCUCUCUCCUUCAGUAGUCGAAGAAGUUCGUGACUUGAUUUUAAGUCCCUCAACACCACAACCAUACACGAUUUUAGGACUAGAGAAAGUGAACAGUUUACCUCUAUCAGACAAUAAAAGAAUUCGAAGACUUAUCCAUGGAGAAACAUUAAGGGAAAUGUCAUCAUCACAGUUUUUACGUCACCUCCAAGUCUUGUGGCGCGUUCUGCACACAAGUGUUGGAUUUCAAUUUUUGGUUGGUUGUGCCCGAAUUCGGCAUGUUUCUGUAAAUGAGAUAUGA